CCUCCAUCGCUCUUCUCAUCGCUCAUUCUAUCUCUCUCUCUCCAUCUCUCUCUCUCUCUCAUCUCAUUCACAUCUCCGUCGCCAUCGCCAUUGCGCGCCUCCUCCCACCCGCCAUGUUCACCAAAGGACGAGGCGACGAGAAGGUCGGCGACUUCUCCGGACCAUGGCUUCAGACGCAGCUCUACCUCUCCCUCAGUAUCGGCCUCACCUCCUUCAUCAUCUUCAGCUUUCUCCGCACAAGAUGGUCGCUCGUGUACAUGCCCCGCACCAAGCUGAAAGACUUCUCCCCUGCAGCCGCUCAUGUUCCCGACGUACAGCAGCGCGGAUGGCGCCGCCUCUUUGGCUGGAUCAUUCCGACGCUCAAGACUAGCGAUUAUGUCGUCCUGCAGACCGUCGGCCUCGAUGCCGCUGUCCUCCUCGGUUUCUUCUUCAUGGGAUUCUGCCUUUUCGGAUUGUUCUCGCUGCUGUCCUUCUUCGAGGUCAUUGCUACCCUCAUCCUUGAGCCAGAUGGCGUGGAAGAUCCCAAAAGCGCGACGGGCGUCAACGAUGCGUGGCCGGUGCUUAAUGGCACCCAUAUGAAGCGCUCAUUUGAAGAUAUUCUCAAGGACCCCCGCCCGCCAACUACCGUCUACAUCACCUUUGUGUACAUCUUCACCGGUCUGACGCUGUGGUUUCUCCACCGCAACUACCACUACUUCAUCAACGCACGGCAGGCGUUCAACCUCGGACUAAUCCACUCGGUCAGCUCACGCACCGUCAUCGUCACGCAGGUGCCUGCCUACCUUCGCGGUGAUCGCCAGCUCGCUGAGUACUUUGAGGGCUGCGGCUGGAAGGUCGAGUCUGUCAAUAUCGGGCGCCAUGUGCAUCCUAUUCGAGUUGCACUGGACAAGCGUACGUACGCCCUCCGCAGCCUGGAGCGCGCCUGGGUCGACUGGGUCGGCAAUCCUGCCAAGGCCGAGGGCUACACCCCGGACAUCUACCGCAAGGCCAUGCGUAUUGGCAACGGUGGGGCUCCUCGUCAAACCAGCCCCGAGGACGCAAGCGUGAGCGAUACUACUCCUCUUGUGCAGAGCACAGGCGACAUCAACGCCACCUAUGGUAGCACUGAGCUCGACCCGGAGGUGCUGCGUCGCGAGUUUAGUGCCAUUCACACCUCCAAACCGCGCCCCAUGUUCAGGCCUCACAUGUUUGGGGCCAAGGUCGACGCGAUUGACUACUGGGAGAAGAAGUUUGAGGAGGCGGACAUGGAAGUACGGCAUUUGCGCAAAACUGGCGAGUUUCCGGCCGCGCAUGUCGCGUUUGUGACCUUUGAGGACAUCAAGGACACGCAAUGUGCGGCCCAGGUCGUGCACUACCGCGAGCACUCGCAGCUUAUCACAAACCUCGCUCCUGAGCCGCGCGACAUUAUCUGGAACCGCGUGAACAUCUCUCGUCGCUCAGCUGGAAUCAGAGACGUGGUGAUUAUGGGCGUAAUGACGCUCGUGCUGCUGUUCCUGACUUUGCCCACCAACGCGGCAUUCGCCUCGCUACUCUCUGACAAGCUGAUCAAGAAACGCGCGCCGUGGCUGUGGAGAUGGAUGAAGAGCGACGCUCGGAUCAAGGCCUUCAUCCAGACUACCCUGCCGUCGAUUCUCGUGGCAACGUUCAACAGCCUCAUCCCCUUCCUCCUCGAGUGGCUGUCUUACAUGCAGGGAUUCCGCUCGCGGAGUGCGGUCGAGUUCUCGCUCCUACGCAAGUACCACCUCUUCCUCGUCCUCUCGGUGCUCCUGAUUUUCGUGGUGGCAACGACGUGGUUAAAGUGGUUCGAGCUAGAUCUGGGGAACAACCCCUCAGAAAUUCCCAGAAAGCUGGCCGAGUCGCUGCGCUCGUCUAACGCCCGCAACUUCAUGGUCUCGUACGUCUGCCUGCAAGGUUUGGGCAUGAUGCCGUUCCAGUUCCUCAACAUUGGGCCGCUCUUCAGUCUGGGUUUCUCGCGCAUGUCUGCCAAGACGCCGCGUGACUUUGCCGAGGCCAACGCCCCGCCCGAGAUCAAUUACGGCUGGGUCAUGUCGCCGCCGCUGCUAAUCUUCACAAUUGCCAUGGUGUAUAGCGUCGAGUCGCCGCUCGUCGUCAUGUUUGCCACAGUCUACUUUGGCAUGGCUUACUUCGUCUACAAAUACAAGCUUCUCUUUGUGUACUUCAAGCCUUUCGAGGCUGGCGGCACAGCAUGGAGCAUUACGUUCAGGCGGAUGAUCUGGGGCUUACUCCUCUUCCAGGUCUUCGUGACGGGUCUCUUCUCGUUGCGCAAGAAGCCGACAGCCGUGCUCUUUAUGGUCGCGCUGUUCGGCUACACCUCCUGGUGGGGCUACGUUAUGAACCGCGACUUUACGCCGCUGAGCAAGUACACCGCGCUGUGCAACAUCUGCGAGGUACAGAACGGCGAGGGCGCUGAGGACGUGGCGGGCAUCCCACCCGCGCCGCGCUCGCAACAGCACCUGAAUCUGCGGCGGUACGCGGUCAACGACGAUACGCUCUACGUCGCGCCCGCCGACUCGCGGACAGACUACAGCCAACCGCCGAUGAACAUGUUCUAUGACGGAGUGCUCAACACCGGACGGCGGCGGUACGGGCACCCUGCGCUGAACGGGCGCCUCCCACGCCCAUGGCUGCCGUCGCCCGCGCGCCCGCGCGGCUUCGGGGACGGCGUUGCGGAGCGGCGCGGCGUAGUGCUCUCGCUGCGGCGCAAAGUCAAGGGGCUUCAGCGCUCGAAGAGCAGCUUUGCCGAUGUGCCGGAGGGUUGGGCCGCGGGCGCCCCCGUACCUUCUGGUGGCGGAGAUGAGCCACCGCGCGUCUUGGAAAGCACGAACAACGCUGGAACGAGCUGGACGGCAAACCCGUGGCGCGACCCAUCGCCCGCAUCUGCUUCGGCGCUGACGACGCCUGCAGGCGGGACUGGAGGGCAAGCGCGCUCGCCCGGCAUGAGCUUUGAUUGGGGAACGGGGGUCAUGGCGUUCCCGGACGACCAUGCGUGGUGCGACGACGGCGAGGAUGGCGAUGAUUCGACGCCCGAGGCGGACGAGCGGCCCGCGAGCCCGACGACGUAUUUCCAUCGUCCAGAGCGGCGGCGAACGAUCUCGGGUCUGGGCGGGUCGCAGUAGAGAUGUAGAGGUUUCGUAUGGCAUCCUUAGUAUUGAACAGGGGAUUGUGCAC